AUGGGGCUCGGCGAAGAAGGUCCUAGGUUCACGAAGCGUCGUCGAGACGUUGUCAGUGAAUCACUCAUACCAACAAAAAGGGAGAUUCUGCAAGUACUUAUGUCAAUCUUCGACGCACUUGGAUUCGUAAGCUGCUAUACCAUAGGCCUAAAAAUUAUACUGCAAGAAUUAUGGCGCGCCGGAAUCGCUUGGGACGAACCGUUGCGCGACGAUCUAAACAACAAAUGGUGUCAAUGGAAAAACUUAAUGCAGCUUAUACGUGACGUCAAUAUAUCCAAAUGUUUUUCUCCAUUAUUGCAAGAUGCACAAGACGUCCAACUGCAUACUUUCGUGGACGCGGGGGAGGGCGGCUACGCAGCAGUCUGCUAUCUGCGGGUUAAGAGAGAUGACGAUGUAACGGUUUCCCUUGUAGUCGCGAAAUCAAAAGUUGCGCCAUUGAAACCACUCUCUAUCCCAAGGCUUGAGUUGCAAGCAGCCGUGAUCGGCACAAGGCUGGCCGAUAUGUAUCCUUCACGUUUGCCGCGCUAUAAAGUAAGCGCAACAGUAUGGCUUACUGGUGUCAAGUAA